GGCGUCCGGUGGCUUCACUUUUUUCUCGGGCUAUCAGCGAUCCAGUGAAUUCUCGCGAUAUUUCGUGGAAAUAGCGCGAAUUCGACAGGCGCCGGGGGUUUGCUGUUCAAGCUACUUCAACGAGUUAACAUGUCGAAGCGCAAAAGCACGACUGGCGGUGUUAACACAAACAAACGUCCCCGACCCACGGUUGAUGAAGAUGAGGAGGACGAGGAAGAGCAGCAUGUAACUGAAAGUGACCUGGAAGGUCUUGUUUUAAGUAAACGGUUUCAGUGCACUAGUGAUGUGGUGAGUGAUGCAGGAAUUGUGAAGAGCAUCACUCUGAAGAACUUCAUGUGUCACUCUCUCCUUGGGCCAUUUGCAUUCGGUUCCAAUGUCAACUUUGUUGUUGGCAACAAUGGAAGUGGAAAAAGUGCCAUUCUGACAGCUCUGAUAGUUGCCUUAGGGGGGAAUGCGCAAGCUACAAAUCGAGGAUCAUCCUUGAAGGGUUUUGUGAAAGAAGGAGAAAGCGCAGCUGAGGUGUCGAUCACCCUGCUUAACCAAGGAAGAGAUGCUUACAAGCUUGAGGUGUACGGUCCAGCCAUCACUAUAGACCUGAGAAUAACACGGGAAGGCCUGAGAACCUAUAAGCUGAGAAACAAAUCGGGUAAUGUUGUCUCCACCAAAAAAGAAGAACUUGUUUCCAUCUUGGACAAUUUCAACAUCCAGGUUAACAACCCUGUAUCAGUUCUCACACAGGAGAUGAGCAAAUACUUCCUACACUCUAAAGGAGAAGGAGACAAGUAUAAGUUUUUUCUGAAGGCAACCCAGCUGGAUCAGAUGAGAGAGGACUUUGUUUACAUUAAGGCCACCAAGAAAAUCACAAUGGAAAAAGUGGAGGAGUAUGGAGAGUGCUUGAAAGAACUGAAACGUAAAUACCAUGAAAAGGCGGAACGAUACAAGAGCUUGGCUUCUCUUAGUGAAAUGCAGACCAAUCUGGAAGAUCUGCAGAAACAGAUGGCUUGGGCCUUGGUGGCUGAACUGGAGAGAGAGUUGGAACCACUUAAGGAAAAGUUGCAGGCUAACAGACGCUCCACAGAGAAAUAUGAUGAAAAAGUUAACGAAUGGAAGAGUAAGGUGGAGGAAGCUGAGCAGGAGUACAAACAGAUCCAGGAACAGUUGGAGGGAAUCGCUCUGCAAGUCCAGGAGCUCCAACCUAAAUGUGCCGAACUGAAGGCCGAGGCCCAGAAACGCAACAACACUCUAAAGUCCUGUGAGUUCACCGUCAAAAGAUGCAGGAAUAACCUCUUGGAUCUGGAAAAAGACAAAGCUCGACUGAAUUCCCGUAUAAAGGAUUUGACUCUGAGCAUCAGUCAAACAAUAGGAGCGGAGAGCCAAGCAAGGAAAGAACAUAUGAAGCAGAUUACGACUGAGCUGGAAAACAUAAAUCUUCAGAUUUCCACUCUAGGUCAGCAGAUUGACCAGUUUGAACACGCCAGCAGCCUUGCCAAAGAAGAGAAAGCAAAAAUGAAGAGAGAGUAUGAUGCUCUUAAUAAAUCAAUUGAAGCAAACGGGAGGAAACUGCAGACCAUGGAGAGCAGUCGCUCUAACCGCCUUCGGCGUUUUGGAGAACAUAUGCCUGCACUGCUCAAUGGCAUUGAGGAGGCUUACAGAAAAGGCCACUUCAAGCACAAACCUCGAGGACCUCUGGGUUACCUUAUCGGUCUGAAGGACCCAGAGCUGGCUCUGGCUGUAGAAGUAUGUCUUAAAUUCCUGCUUGUGGCCUUUGCAUGUGACAAUUAUGAGGAUGAAAAGGUGCUAAAAGGCCUCAUGAGCAGAGUGUACCCAGCUGGUCAAAGGCCAACCAUCAUAACCAGCCAAUUCCUACAACAUGUCCAUGAUACAAGAAAAAGGGCUGUGAAUCAUCCCCAAUACCCCUCUGUGCUUCAAGCUCUGGAGAUUGAAGACCCUGUUGUGGCCAACUGCCUUAUUGAUCAAAGACGCAUUGAGAGCGUUCUUCUUAUCAAGAAUCGCACAGAUGCCCGAAGAGUAAUGCAGUGCAGGAAUCCUCCCGCUAACUGCACUCAGGCUUUCUCUAAGGAUGGUGAUCAGAUCUACACCAACCGUAAUUAUUCGUCAGACCAGACCAGAGCAAUCUACCUCUCAGGCGAUGUUGAGGAAGAAAUCAGACAUUUACAGAGAGAACUAGAGAACCAGAAAGGCCAGGAAGCCCGUUUUCAGCAACAUAUGAGAAAGUUGGAUGAAGACAUCAGUCAGAAUGAGAAACUUCUAAGAAGAGUAUUCAUGGAGCAAAGAGCUGCCAAAGGCAAGGCCACAAAAAUGGAGCUUGACCUGAAAGACCUACAGAAUGUGGAAGAGCCUCAGUCACAGGACCUCAAGCCACUGGAGGAGGAUCUUCAGGAAGUUGUUGCAAAGAUUUCAUCUAAGCGUGAAGCGUAUGAAGAGGCCAAAAUUAAAAUGGCCAACCUGACAGAAGAUUAUGAAAAAGCAGACCAGGAAUACAAGCAGCACAAAGAACGUAUAAGCACCAUUACUGAGGAGGCUGAUUCAAUCAAGGAAGAGCUCAGCAAAAUUGACCAGGAGGUGAUGAAGUGCAGACAUCACAAGAAACACUAUGAUGACAAACGCAGCGCCCAUCUCCAAAACAUUCAGGCUCUUGAAGCUCAACUCAAGAGCAAAGAGGAGAACCUUGCGGCGUCCAUCGCUAAGGCUUCUGAGAUUUGUCCAGAACGUCUAGAAGUCUGUCGAACUGCAAGAAGUAUUGACAGUGAAAUAAACAGACUCAAAGUCAAGAUCACAACUCAGCAGAAACAACAAGGGGACACUGAGGAGAUUGUAAGGGAAUUCCAUGAGGCUUCAGAGAACUACAAAACCAUGUCUCAACAAAUGAAAUGCCUCAACAGAUUCAUCCAAACCCUGGAUAAGGACAUGAACUUCAGACUUCAGGUUUAUGCUGAUAUCAGAAAGUUUCUCUCAGCUCGUUGUAAAUACUACUUUAACUGUAUGCUGGCUCAGAGAGGCUACACUGGAAGUAUGACCUUUGACCACAAGAAUGAGACCUUGACCAUCUCGGUGCAGCCAGGCCAAGGAACCGAAGAUGGUUUGAGUGACAUGCGUUCUCUGUCUGGAGGAGAGCGUUCCUUCUCUACUGUUUGCUUUGUCCUCUCUCUCUGGGCCAUCACAGAGUCCCCUUUUCGCUGUCUGGAUGAGUUUGAUGUUUACAUGGACAUGGUAAACAGGAGAAUAUCGAUGGACAUGAUGCUGAAGGUAGCUGCCAGCCAGCGCUUCAGACAGUUCAUCUUCCUCACCCCCCAGAACAUGAGUUCUCUUCCAGUAAGCGAAACCAUCCGUAUUCUCCGUCUGAAGGAUCCUGAUCGAGGCCAAAACAACGCACAAAGAAGUCAGGACUAGGAAAAGUAAUCCUGCACUCAGAAGGUUAACCUCCGUUCUCACGAGGCAUUUCAGGUUUUGUAAAAGUUUGUUUUCAGUUUAUAAAAGAGCUACAUUGAUCUGUAAAUAAAAUGUAGGCACUAAACGGU